AACGAGAAGGAGAAAGAAUCACUAAAAGCAGGGAAGAGUGGAAAAAGUUCAAAAGAAGGACAAGACACAGUAGAAUCAGAGCAAAUUUCCGUCAGGAAAAACAGCCUUGUUGCUGUCCCGUCUACAGUGUCUGCUAAAAUAAAAGUAGCCAUCUCUCAGCCCAUAAUGAAGAAAGACAAAUGGCAAAAUUCUUCAGGGUUUAGCGCAAGCAAUAAUAGAGAACUUCAAAACCUACCAUCCUUAAAAGAUGUUCCUCCUGCUGAUCAAAAGAAGCUUUUUAUCCAGAAGUUGUGUCAGUGUUGCGUCCUUUUUGACUUUGUUUCUGAUCCACUAAGUGACCUAAAGUGGAAGGAAUUAAAACGAGCUGCUUUAAGUGAAAUGGUAGAAUAUAUCACCCAUAAUUGGAAUGUGAUCACAGAGCCUGUUUACCCAGAAGUAGUCCAUAUGUUUGCAGUUAACAUGUUUCGAACAUUACCACCUUCCUCCAAUCCUACGGGAGCAGAAUUUGACCCAGAGGAAGAUGAACCAACGUUAGAAGCAGCCUGGCUUCAUCCACUUGUUUAUGAAUUUUUCUUAAGAUUUUUAGAGUCUCCAGAUUUCCAAUCUAAUAUAGCAAAGAAAUAUAUUGAUCAGAAGUUUGUAUUGCAGCUUUUAAAGCUCUUUGACAGUGAAGAUCCUCGGGAGAGAGAUUUUCUUAAAACCACCCUUCACAGAAUCUAUGGGAAAUUCCUAGGCUUGAGAGCUUACAUGAGAAAACAGAUAAAUAAUAUAUUUUAUAGGUUUAUUUGUGAAACAGAGCAUCAUAAUGGCAUAGCAGAGUUACUGGAAAUAUUGGGAAGUAUAGUUAAUGGAUUUGCCUUACCACUAAAAGAAGAACACAAGAUUUUCUUAUUGAAGGUGUUACUACCUUUGCACAAAGUGAAAUCUCUGAGUGUCUACCACCCCCAGCUGGCAUACUGUGGAGUGCAGUUUUUAGAAAAGGACAGCACCCCCACAGAACCAGUGGUGAUGGCACUUCUCAAAUGCUGGCCAAAGACUCACAGUCCAAAAGAAGAAUUAGAAGCGAUUUUAGAUGUCAUUGAACCAUCAGAAUUUGUGAAGACCAUGGAGCCCCUCUUCCGGCAGUUGGCCAAAUGUGUCUCCAGCCCACACUUCCGGGUGGCAGAGCGAGCUCUCUAUUACUGGAAUAAUGAAUACAUCAUGAGUUUAAUCAGUGACAACGCAGCGAAAAUUCCGCCCAUCAUGUUUCCUUCCUUGUACCGCAACUCAAAGACCCAUUGGAACAAGAUAAUACAUGGCUUGAUAUACAACGCCCUGAAGCUGUUCAUAGAGAUGAAACAAAAGCUGUUUGAUGACCGUACACAACAGUUCAAAGCAGAGAAACUAAAAGAGAAGCUAAAAAUGGAAGUACGGGAAGAAGCAUGGGUUAAAAUAGAAAAUCUAGCCAAAGCCAAUCCCCAGGUACUAAAAACUAGAGUGACAUGA